UUUAUUUGUUCCGAUUAAGAAAAUGGAUAGAAUACUGAAAAGGGUAUAGCUUUACAUUGGAGCAAAGUCAAUCACAGACGUCUCCAUCUGUCGAUCGUUUCCUCAGCGAGACCUCCCCAGUCGCCGCCUUCUCCCCUGUGAAGCCACCGGCCGGAGACUGUCGCACCCCCACAGCAACACUGGAGACCGUCGACCCCACUCCUAGGGAAUGAGAAUUCCUCGGAAUCUUGAGGUAUGGAAGCUGGGGACACUCAAUUACUUAGAAGCCCUUAAAUUACAAGAAAAGCUAGCUUCCGAUAGGAAAAUCAGUAAGAUUUCUGAUACCCUUUUAUCCUUACAACAUCCACCUACAUACACACUAGGCAAACGUAGAACAGAUUACAACUUACUUAUUCCCGAAUCUGAACUUAAAUCCAUGGGCGCUGAACUUCACUACACACAAAGGGGAGGUGACAUUACAUUUCAUGGCCCUCAUCAAGCCAUUCUAUACCCUAUUAUUUCCUUAAGAGAACUCGGUUUAGGUGCUAGGAGAUAUGUUGAAAAUCUUGAGUCAACCAUGAUUGACUUAGCUUCUAUUUAUGGGGUCAAAGCUCAUGGUCAAAGGAAAUGUGAAACUGGGGUUUGGGUUGGUGAAAGAAAGAUUGGUGCAAUUGGAGUUAGGAUUUCAUCUGGGAUUACUUCACAUGGUUUGGCUUUUAAUAUUGAUCCUGAUUUGAGUUAUUUUAAACAUAUUGUGCCUUGUGGAAUUGCUGAUAAAGAUGUUACAUCUUUGGCAAAAGAGACUGAUAUUGUGCUUCCUGAUGAAGAAGUGGUUCAAGAACAGUUGGUUUCUUGUUUUGUGAAGUUAUUUGGUUAUGAAAAUGUUGUUUGGAAGAAGAAAGAAUUAUCAAGAUUGAUGGAUGAUUAGCAAAGUUUAGGAGGUUUUGUGGUUUGAUUCAUGGAACACAAUGUAUGUUUGUAUUUUUCUGAUUCUUUCUAUAAUACAAAUCAAUUUUAACUUCUGUAA